AUGUGGGCAACUCGGUAUGCGUUGAAUCGAGUCAGUUUUCGUACUACUCAUCGGAUAGCAGCAGCAGUUCUACGGCCAUUAAGUGUGGCUCAGAUAGGGACGACGCGUCAUCCGUGCGUCACUGCGAACCGAUUCUAUUCCCUUCAGCCAGAACGUCAUGAAUUCCAAGCGGAAACUAAGAACCUCAUGGAUAUCGUCGCGAAGUCCUUGUAUUCAGACAGUGAGGUUUUUAUCCGAGAACUGAUUUCAAAUGCGUCGGAUGCAUUGGAAAAAAGGCGAUGUGUCGAGCUGAUGGGUCAAAUCGCCGAAGGACCAAGUGAGAUUCGUGUCACAACUGAUGAGGGCCAUAAUACCAUAACAUUUGAAGAUACUGGUGUUGGGAUGGACAGGGAAGAUUUGCUUGAAUGUUUAGGAACUAUCGCAAAGUCCGGUACAAAAGAAUUCAUGGAAAAGAAUAAAGAGAAUGCUGAGGCUGUGAUUGGGCAAUUUGGUGUUGGUUUUUAUUCUGCUUUUAUGGUUGCUGACUCUGUUGAGCUAACCACAAGAAAAGUGGGGUUGCCUGAUGACAAAGGUUUGAGGUGGUCCUGGAAAGGGGAUAACACUUAUGAAGUGUCAGAAGAGAAAGGUUUACCGACUGGCACACGAAUUGUUAUUCAUCUGAAAGCUGGAGAUUCGGCAGUGUAUUCUAAGAGUGAAAAAGUGAAGGAGGUAAUUGAUAAGUAUUCUUAUUUUGUUGCCGCACCGAUUCUUCUAAAUGGUGAACGUGUGAACAGUUUGAAUGCUAUAUGGACCUUACAACCGAAAGAUGUCACAAAAGAAAUGCACGAAACCUUUUUCAAACAAUUAGCCAAACAACAGAAGAAAUCGGAAGCUUUCCAACGUCCAUGUUACACUAUACAUUAUAAGACAGACACUCCAGUUUCUCUACGCUCCGUUCUAUACAUACCACAACAUAGAUUCUCACUACUCGAAUAUGCUACACAAGCACAAAACAGAGAGUGUGGCUUGUCUCUGUAUGCUAGACGUGUACUUAUCAAACCUAAUGCCAGGGAACUCUUACCCAACUAUCUACACUUUAUUAUGGGUGUUGUUGACUCGGAAGAUGUUCCGUUGAAUCUCAGUCGUGAGAUGCUCCAGAAUAAUCCAGUACUUAGGAAAUUGCGUAAAAUUCUCACCGAUAAAGUGCUGAGCUUCCUCCAGAAUGAAAUGAAGAAAGAUUUCGAAAAAUACGAAGACUUCUAUAAGCAGUACAGCAUUUUCCUAAAGGAAGGCAUCGUAACGGAGUUUGAUCACUCAGAGAAAGAGGAAAUUGCGAAGCUCAUGCUUUUCGAGUCAUCCAAUUUGAAGCCAGGUGUGUUGACAAAUUUGACAGAGUACUGCAAACGGAUGCAAGAAGAUCAGAAGGAGAUCUACUACAUGUUCUCGCCAACCCGGCAUUUAGCUGAGUCAUCACCUUAUUAUGAGCUAGUCAGAUCGCAGAAUAAGGAAGUGCUGUUUUUGUACGAACCUGCAGACGAGCUUGUUUUCCUUGCUCUGCAACAGUUCAACAUGAAACCACUAGUUGGAGCUGAAAAAUGGGCUGAGAGUGCUGCUGCGAAGGGAGAGGACAAGGACAAAACGGAAGGAAGGCAAUUCCGUGACAUCGACAAGAAGGAAUUGCUGGACUGGAUUAAAUCUACUCUUGGCUCGGUCAAAGUUUUUGAUAUUGCUGGGAAUCACAGACCAAGUGAACAUCCUGUCAUGCUUACUAUUAAGCAUGAGAUGGGUGCCGCCAGACACUUACUCCGCACUGGUGAAAUUAAGGACAUGGAGCAUUUGGUGUUCCUACAGCCGUGCCUCCACGUUAACCUUUCACAUCCGCUAAUCAAGAGCUUAUACAAUAUGAAGAGGACAGACCCGAAGACAGCAGAGAUGCUCAUUUCGCAGAUCUACGACAACGCGCUGAUCACAUCCGGCCUAAUCAAGGACACGAGUGGUAUGGUACAACGACUAAAUAAAUUGUUAACACAGCUAGCCGGAAGCAAGAGCACAAUUCUCACGCCUUGA